AUGUCGGCCAAAGCACUGAAGCUUGGCCUGUUUAGCCAGAGCAGCUUCCCGGCGGCCGUGUCCCCGGAGCUGCUGGCAUGCUCGCCCACGCUGAACCUCGCAGCCACCGUCAACGACGCCAACACCCUGGCAAUAAGGCGUGCCCAAGGCGAGCUCGUUUCUAGCAGCACCGAUCGUGCCCACACUGUCCAGGCAUUGUGCUGGAGGCCCGACGGUCAGUUCUUAGCCGUCGCAUGGGAUGACGGAACUGUACGUCUCUUGGGGGUGGAGAACACAAAGGUUGUCCACCGCAUCAUCGUCUCUCAGCAACCUGCAGACCUAGACGCAGACCCGGAGCCCAUCACAUACGUCGCCUGGGCCCGCAACCUGACGGGGAAGCGCCACUUCGGCGCCGUCAAUGACAUCGCGUCCGGGCUGCGAGGCCUAGGCCUGUCCUCGGCGGAUGAGCUGCGCCAAGGCGAUUCAGGAGGAGCUGGGGCCGACGGCCUCGCGGACCUGCCGCACGCGCUCACGUUUCUCGAGAUCGACGCCUCGCUGCCCAAGAUCAGCCCCCUACCGGUCUCUGGCGGUAUCGGGGACGACAUGUUCGUUUUCUCGACCACUGCGUCCUUAGAGUCUAUGUUCUCGCCGCUCAAGCCCGAAGACAACGACCAGGUCGAUGUUAUGGUUGUAGGGACGAGAGACGGCUGUGUGCAGGUCAGCAUCUACGAUUCCUUCCCUAUAGGAACUUUCAGGAUCCCUAUAAAGCAGGGCCCGAGCCCCAACUCCAGCCAGCUCGACGGUGGCUAUCAGCUUGGCCUGCACGCCGCUCACCCGGAGGUGUCAACCCACGCUCUGUUGCUACGUCUAAGUGGCGAGGAGCGUGUCAAGCAUCUGUAUCUGGUCCCCAUGGAUUUAAGAUUUGUUUCGUAUUCGCCGGUGAACCUGUCUCUCCUGGCGUCUAAAACGACCACAUUACAAAAGCUACUGCGGUAUUUGAAGCAAACACAAACACACAUCGUUAAUGAGUGGUCCUCGACGCGGGAACUGCCCUCUCGCUUCCUGUCGUUCAUCCAGGAGGACCUUCAGAAGAUGGAGUCUGGCCCUACGAAUAUUGUCCAGGCCCUGUAUCAUACUGUCCUGACGGGACAUGUCCAUCGUCCUGUCAGAGAGUGGCUGGUAGACAGCAUUGGCGAUCGACGUUGGGAGAAGGCAGUCAUCCCUGGACUCGAGAAUCUUCGUAAUCUCAUACACGAGAACAUGCUGCCAGCCAUAGAGCGUUGCACGCUCAUCUUGAGCCGACUCUCGGGUAUCGCUAGGUUCCACGAGGAAGAAGACCACGUCGGCUUCACAAAUACCGAAAUAACGCGGCUAGUCGACAUCUUGUCCGCCCUGAACCUCAUCUGCCACAAAGUCCUCCUCAUCACGAUGGAGGAGCUGGAGCUCUUCCGCAUGUUCUCGUCCUGGGUCCGUCUCACCAUAGAUAGGGUUUCCUCCAGCACGGUGCCGGAGGACUUGAUGGAGAAAGAGGCCCUCCUAGACCCGGCCAAGAUACUCCGGUACGUCGAGAGGUACCUGGUCAGCAGCCCCAUGGCCAUUCACUUUGCGAAAGUGCCAAGGGAGAGUUGGGACGAGGACUGGGAGCGCGUGCAGGAUAGCUCCGGGGUUUUGGAUGAGCUGGACAAACAGCUCAAGCGUCACGAGGCCGGGGGCCCGUACAUGAAAGGCCUGACACAGAUGGCUUUUGUGGUUGACUUCCUCACCGCAAAGGCGGCAGAUGUCUUCAAGAACAUUGCUGAGGCGGAGAAGCGCAGUGUCCGCUUCGGACAGGCUGUGAAACUGGAGUUGGCUGGCGGGAACUCGGGCCUGGAGACUUUCACCGCCGUGGAUGCGAGGAUGUGCUCUGUCUCCAAACCAAAUGGUGUGGACGGCGUCACGUACACAGCUGUGGUGACUGAGGAGAACCCAUUUGACGUUGGUGUCUUCGAGACCAAGAUUGAGGUUAUCAAUGGCAUCAGCAGCGCCCCUUCCACUGCGUUCUACCACAGCCACUGCAUGGAACCAGGCAGCGGCGGCCGGAUAAUUGACAUCAAGUUCCUGAACGACGAUGUCCUCCUGGCCUUGUGCCACUCCAAAGACGGGAAGCCGAACCUGCGACGCAUACUGUUCCGGCCGGUGAGUCCCCGCUACGAGGCCAACGAGUCCGGCAUCACAACACUGUCGUACGGGGCGUCGGCGUCGUCGGUGCGGGUGAUGGAAUUUCCCGAGGACGUGGCCUCUUUCGUGCCGGUGCGCAUGGAGGUCAUGGAGGCUAGCGACGCCAGGGGAGGCGUCCCUGCACGGGUCUGUCUGCUGGGCAAGGAUGAGGUCACUUACAAGGUGUAUUCCCUGCCGGACCAGGCGCAGAUGCUGCAAGCUUAG